AUGGAGUACUGCGAGCCCUGCAACCGAUCCUUCGUUGACCCCCAUGCGCUCAAACAGCAUCUUGAAAGCAAACACCCAAAUACUUACUGUUUCCGUUGCAAAAAACACUUUUCACAUAGCAGUGCUAAGCAGCAACACAUCACAGACUCUUCCUAUCAUCAUAUCUGCUACAACUGCCCUCAAAAGCCUGAUUUCGAUUCCGAGUCAAAUCUACAGAAUCAUUAUAAAACCCACGCGAAGAAGACCGUGGAGUGUUUGGGCUGCUCCAGGGUAUUCAUCUCUGACUCGGCGAUGGUGUUGCACCCUGAAGCUGGCUACUGUCAGUCUGGUGCAGAUGAAGACUAUGUCACCGAGUGUGCGCUUGAAUGCUAUCAGUCUGGCCAAUACACCUCAGAUGAUCCAGCCUUCGACUUUCAGUGCCCAGCCUGCGGCACGCCUUUCUCACUUAUGAGCGCCUUGUUGCAACACGCUGAAAGCGUUGUUACUUGCGAUGAGCAUUUGGAGAGGAAUAUGUCGCUAGGGAAAUUCUUGCACUAUUUGCGCAUGUGCAUGAGAAAACUCUGA